CAGACAAGGUCAUGUGCGUGCGCUGCCGACGGCCCACCGCCAGCGGCGCCGAGCAUCAACAAAGAGCCGAGCAUCAUCGGUUAAAAGGGAAGCCCCGUUGCGCACAACACUGACACCACCGCAAAGCAGAGCAGUAGUUCAUACUGUAACAGCAGAACAGAGCAAAAAACAGAGGAAGCAGAGUGAGCCAUGGCGGCGAAACAGCUGCCCCUCCUUGCCGCACUGGCCGUCCUGGCCGUGCUUGCUGCUGCGGCAGCGGCGGAGUACAACUUCGACGACCAGUUCGACGUGAUCGGCGAGCGCGACCACAUCCGGUACAAGGCGGAGGGGGAGAACCAGCAGUUCGCGCUGGAGCUGGACAAGGUGUCCGGGUCCGGCUUCAAGUCCAAGGCCAAGUACCUCUUCGGCGAGUUCAGCGUCCAGAUGCGCCUCGUCGACGGCAACUCCGCCGGCACCGUCACCUCCUUCUACCUGACGUCCGGUGAAGGCAGCACCCACGACGAGAUCGACAUCGAGUUCAUGGGGAACAAGAGCGGCGACCCCUACGUGAUGAACACCAACGUUUGGGCCAGCGGCGACGGCAAGAAGGAGCACCAGUUCUACCUCUGGUUCGACCCCUCCGCCGACUUCCACACCUACAAGAUCACCUGGAACCCCAAGAACAUCAUAUUCGAGGUGGACAACGUGCCGGUGCGGACGUUCAAGAAGUACGCGGACCUGCCGUACCCGACGAGCCGGCCGAUGACGGUGCACGCGACGCUGUGGGACGGCAGCUACUGGGCGACCCGGCACGGCGACGUCAAGAUCCACUGGAGGGGCGACGACCCUUUCGUCGUCUCCUACCGCGAGUACCACGCCACCGGCUGCGUCGCGCACCCCAAGGCGCCGCCGCCGCCCAGCAGCUCGAACUCCACCAAGGUUGAGGCGCCGCCCACCAAGUGCCCCGCCGGCUCCGACGCCUGGAUGGACCGGGAGCUCGACGAAGAGGACCUCAAGACCGUUGCCUGGGCCGAGCGCAACUGCCUCUCCUACAACUACUGCGCCGACGGGUGGCGCUUCCCCAAGGGGUUCCCCGGCGAGUGCGGCCGCGACUGAUGAGAUGAUAGCGCGUUUAGCUUCAGAUCGAAUCCUUUGGUUUGGUAGUGCGCCCGCCCGCAGAGAUUAAAUUGGAUUGAAUUAAUUUGGUUCUUAAUUACAGGUUGUUCUUCUUCUUGUUCAAUGUUCAUUCGAUUGAUUGAGCCCGUGGACAUAUAAACAUAUUACUCCGUGUGUGAAAUUUCCCGUGUACAUUUUUGCCACCGUCGUUGUUCCUGAAACCACCUUGCUGUUUGUU